AUGUGCAGAAGCAGCUGGCAGAAGCCGCAAGUCGAAUCCAAUGACGUGUUGGAGAGGGAUCAUUCAGACAGGAACCGGGUGUUGGAUAGGGCUGUGGCAGCCGUGGCCGCGUGUGUCAACGAGCCGUCUCUGUCGGGUCUGCUGGGGACAAAGCAGCUCACACCCAACCCAGCUGCCACUUCACCACCAUUCCUCUUCCAAGCUGAGGCCCACCUGGAGUGUUAUAAGAUUAAAUACAUCUACCGUCUAGACUUCGGCAAGCAGAAGCUCAGAUUUUUAUGGUGGAAGGUCCACCUUAAAACACCCGGCAAGGUGGUCAUCACUGGGACUUCCCAACAUUGGACACCGGAUCUCACCAAUCUUAUGAGCCGCCAGCUCCUUGACCCUCCAGCCAUCUUCUGGAUGAACACAGGACAGACUGAGGUUGAUUGCAAUGAAGCAGAUGCACAAGAAUUUGGAGAAAGGUUGUGCGAGCUAGCCAAAAUCCGAAAGGUCAUGUACUUCGUCUUUGCCUUCUUAGAUGGGGCCGAUCCCUCCAACAUCCAAUGUUCGGUUGGCUUCAAAGCCUGA